AUGAAAUGCGUGAUCGGGGGCGCGCAGCUCCGAGUGUUUGGAAGAGCAAUACAUGCCAUAGCACGAAUUAGUGAUGAAUUUUGGUUUGACCCCAUAGAGAAAGGUCUUGCCUUAAGAUCAGUGAAUUCCUCGAGGUCAGCAUAUGCAUGUGUGUUCUUCUCAUCCAUGUUUUUCCAACAUUACUGCUGGACAGCUGUGUCCCAGCCGUGUCAGAAGGAGAAGCAGUUAUCCCUCCCCUGUAAAUUGAUAAUUAAGUCAGUUCUCCCUGUGUUUAGAUGUGUAAAUGUGCUGGAAAGGAAUGUAGAGAAAUGCAGCAUCUCCACCAACCCCAGUGAGCACCACAUCACCUUCCAGCUCCUCUGCAGGCACGGUGUUGUAAAAACCUAUAACCUGACAUUUCAAGAGUGUGAUCCCUUGCAGGCUGUUUUUGCAAAACACAUGUGUCCAAACAUUCUUAAAGUCCACUCCAGGCUGCUGGCUGAUGUGAUGAUUCACUUCCCAACCAGUCAAGAAGAAAUAACCUUGUCAGUAACUCCAAUGAAAGUUUGUUUCAAGAGUUACACUGAAGAAGACACUGACUUUUCAAGGACAAUGCUUACUGAGAUACAGCUCAGUCCAGAGGAAUUUGACUACUUUCAAGUUGGAGUAGAUUCUGAAGUGACAUUUUGCCUUAAAGAAUUGAGGGGGCUGCUGGCAUUUUCCGAAGCCGCGAGCGUUCCCGUGUCCGUCCACUUCGACAGAUGUGGGAAACCCAUUGCUUUCAGCAUUGAGGACCUGCUGCUGGAGGCCAGCUUUAUCCUGGCCACCUUGUGUGAGGCUGAGGAGGAGGCAGUUUCCCCAGAGCCUGCCUGCUGCCCACGGCCCUGGGACAGCUCAAGGACUGGCGUGGAAAGAUCUGACCAGACCUUCAUGGAUGGAACCAACAACACACACAGAGCCACUUCCAAAGAGCCACAGCAGAAGAGAAACACUCCAAGUAUGGGCUCGGCAAAAACCCCAAGUGCUUUGGCAAAACAAGAGGUAAAAACCUUUCCCAGAGGCACAGGGAGGGAUGUGCCAGGCAGAGCAGGAGCAGCCAGGGUGGAGGCAGCAGGAGGAGAGGCCACAGAGGCUCCUUAUGAGGUGAGGGCUCCCCACAGCUGCCCUUUGGCUGAGCACCCCCACGUGCACUGGGGGUUUCAGUGGGAUCAGCUGUCACAGCAGCACAGCUGGAAAACCCCAACACUGCUGGGAACACUCCUGGGGGGGUGGGUUUCACUGGGAAAUGCUGCUGCCGAGAAAGAAUUUAAAGUGGCAAAAGCUUCACAAAGAGUUAAUGUCCAAAUUCUGUAUCAUGGAAUUCUUACCUGUACAAAUAUUGCAUUUUCCAGUUCCACUCCUUGUUCUUUGGAGCCAUCUCUUACAAGAAAGAGGCCAUUGGUGACACCUUCCAGAGUUUGGUGACAGCCAGUGACACUGAGGAGGAGUUUGGUGCCUUGCAGAGCUCCCAGGUUCUGUAGUGCAGGGCUCGGGGUCCAAGGGAAGGCACUGGGGAGUGCCCAGGAGGGAAGGGCAGUGCCCAACCUUUGUCACUG